GAUCAUGUAAAGUGAAAGCACGCAGUAUUUGAGGUAGUGAGUGUUUGUCUCUCUCUGUGUGUAAGCCCAGCCUCCUUCUUUACAUAGACACAGCAGCAUUUACCUGACACCAUUACCUGUGUGAAGCGCACCUGGACGGACUCACAUAAACGUGGAUUUUACAGGAGAAAAUAAAGACGCUUUCUGGAAGUAAAGGUCUAAAAGACGUGAUGUGUUCUCCAUUUCGUAAACUGAUCUAGACUUCGAGGUGAAUUUUGUAUUGAAGCUGAUUUUUGAUCCUUAUGGUUGAUAUGAUCCGGAGUUGACUCACAUCAUGUCCAAAACCUCAGAUCAGUUUGACAGCUCAGAUUGCGUGUGUUCAUUCGGGAUGAAGUUGACUUGGGAUAUAAACGACCCCAAGCUUCCACAGGACACGAAGCAGUACGAUGCGUUCCAAGAGUGGACAGAUGGAUAUGUGCGUUAUAUCUACAGCAGUGAAGAUAAGAACGCGCAAAGACACCUGAGCGGAUGGGCCAUGAGGAACACUAACAAUCAUAACUGUCAGAUCCUGAAGAAGUCCUGUCUUGGUGUGGUGGUGUGUUCACGAAACUGCUCUCUCUCAGACGGGUCCAAACUUCAGCUGAGACCGGCCAUCUGUGACAAAGCACGGCAGAAACAGCAGAAAAAGCUUUGUCCGAACUGUAACUCAUCUCUCGAGUUGAUUCCGUGCCGAGGUCACAGUGGCUAUCCAGUAACUAAUUUUUGGAGAGUAGAUGGGAAAGCCAUUUUUUUCCAGGCUAAAGGAGUACAUGACCACCCCAGACCAGAGAGUAAGUCUGAAACAGAGGCAAGAAGAAGUGCGGUGAAGAGAAGGAUGUCUUCGCCUCACUUUUCACAGAAAAGAAGACUGGUGGAGCCAGAGCCUGGACGUUACGACAUGGCCUUCCCAAAUAUCCACCAGCUCACCAUGGAUGGUCCAGAGCGCUUUAGCAUCAUUGCAGAGUCCAACUUCCCAAUACAGACACAACAUUAUCCUCCGUUCCAGAACCCAGAGCCCUACAAAUUCCCUUAUGACACACACACAACAGCAGCCAUGGCAGAUGCACCAAGCUCACUGCAGAAGCCUGCCAACCACCGUCUAUAUAUGACUCGCCCUCCUUGUGGGUAUGACUUUGCAGUCCCAGGAUACCUUGGCUCAGGGCCCUAUCCAACAACACUUUAUAAGGAUCCUUCUAGUCCACAAACUGAGACAGAACCCAAUAAGUCGGGGCCUAGCCUGAGUGGGAUGUCUCAUGGCACGAGUCCUUUAGGCAGCCAUGAGCGGAGCUACGCAGAAACUACAGGAAAGCAUCAUGGCUGGAAGCAAAUUCUUAGUAAAGGUGCCUAUGGGGAGAGAGGAGACUACACUCAACUCCCAACCAAUGCCAACCACCACUACUACAACAGUGACUACCCAUGUAGGUACACAGGACCUGCACCUGCUACCCCAGCAGCACUGCAGACCAUAAUAACCACAACAACAAAAGUAUCCUACCAGCCAUGCCCCAAGCCGUCUGUUGUCAAGUAUGGAGAGAACAUCUAUGAUGUGAAAGGCCUGUCUAACUGUAACUCAAUCUUGGAAGAGACUUCUCCCAACUCUUACUCGGAUCUGAAGAUUCCAGAGGAUUCGGGUGUGAUCAAAUCUGCUCUUUCAUACCAGGACACGCUCCCAGCUAAAAUUGAGAGGUCUGAAAACUUUGAGGGCUAUCGCUACAGCAGCUACAGCUCAAACAGUUACCCUGAACGAAUGUCGCAUCCUUUCAGGUACGACAAUGGAGAAUACUGAAGAACUGCAGAAAAACAGACAGGGUACAAAAACCCUCAGAAAAUCAGAGCAA